CGCUCAUUGACAAGCAGAACCACAUCAGAACGUCAACACCAUACCACAAUCUACCACUACCACCAAACACCAAACACCGAACACCAAGUCAACAAUUACGGAAAAACUGCAGGCAUGGAAAAUAGAGAAUAAGCAGCAGGAGAGUGCGAAGAAAGGAGAAUCUGGAAGCAUUACGCCACAGGUCAACUACUGGAAGCGGGGCACUCGAUACCACCAUGGACGCCCUCUACAUAGAGCUGGCCAAGUUGCGAAAAGAUGCCACUCUGACCCAGAGUAUGGCCGAUGUCGACAAGAUUAUUGAACAGCUGGAGAGGGCAAAGGAGUGUAUAGUGCAGGGUAAGAAUUGCUCUGCUUUUGGAAAUCUGUUGUCUGAAAAGACGAGAACAGUUCCAAAGUUGCCGUCGCCUCAAAUGAUACCCUCUACAUUCUGUACAGUAUGCUGACAAGUCUUCCAGACCCAAACUCGGCCUCCAUCACCCUAACGAAACUCCAAAAUCCUAUAAAAAGUGGCUUCGACAAGGUCACCGAGGAUUUGACAAAGGUGGAUCGAGGGUUAAAAGCUUAUGGAAAGGCGUUAAAUAAGGUACGAAUAGCGGUCAGGAUAAGCUUGAGUCGAAGUAUGCUGAUAUCAAGAUUAGAAUUUUCCAGUCAAGGCCCUGCCUACGGAAUACGAUGCUCUCGCUUCCCAUCCAAACCUCAUCAACCGAGCUAUUGCUAUGCAUAUGCUACGAGAAGGUCAAUUCUCAGUCGCCUCUACCUUCCUUUCAGAAGCACAAGAAUACCCACCUCAACCCGAGCCUACGGUUGGCACACCAAACCCAUCCGAAGAAGAUGACGGAGAUCUCACAUCGUUGAAAUCCCGGGAGCUACAAGAGCGAUUCUCAAACAUGUACCAAAUACUCCAUGAACUAAAGGCCCGGAAUCUCCAUCCGGCCAUAGAAUGGGCGCGAAUGAAUUCAGAAGAACUAGAGAAACGAGGGAGUAACCUAGAAUUCGAAUUGAGCAAAUUACAAUACGUCUGGUUAUUUCUAGGGCCAGAAGUCAAUGGUCUCCCAGACGACAUCCACAACGGUUACAUGGGAGCUCUACAAUACGCUCGAGAUCAUUUUGGGCGUUUCCAGGGACGUCACUUGUUAGAUAUUCGAAAGUUAUCUGCAGCUUUGAUAUACCGCUCGAAUCUUCGUGAUUCACCAUACUACCGAACCUUUGAUACCUUGACAGCAUGGGACGACGUAUCAGCCUCUUUCACCCGAGAAUUCUGUUCACUUCUCGGUCUAUCCGCCGAAUCGCCUCUCUACAUAGCCGCAACAGCAGGAGCCAUCGCUCUACCCACUUUACUGAAACUUGCUUCAAUCGUAAAGGAGAAACGUACAGAAUGGACGACACAAAACGAAUUACCUGUGGAAAUAGCACUUCCAAGUAGCAUGAUCUUCCACGCCAUCUUCGUAUGUCCCGUCAGUAAGGAACAAACUACCGAUACAAAUCCACCAAUGAUGAUGCCAUGUGGACACGUAGUAGCGAAAGAAAGUCUGCAAAAACUGAGUAAAGGGAGCCGAUUCAAAUGUCCCUACUGUCCGAAUGAAAGCCAACCCAAAGAUGCGCGGGAAAUCAUCCUAUAAACUGCGGGAUGGAAUUAGGAUUACUUUAUGGAGUUUCGGCUAUGGAUCGGCGUGUGUGCGAACGUCAUCGGGUUGUAUACUUGUUUACAUGGGAAAGGCGUGACCAGGCAUGUUUGGCGUUUUCUGGGAGUUCCCUCUCUUCAGGUGUUAUGGGCGGCAUUAACCUUUGGGAACAGGUUAAGAAAGAGAUGCUAUUUAUGGGAUCGAGAUGUAUAGCAGGUAUAGGUAUGCGAGUCAGCCAGCCAGAUUUAAUGGUGUGUGGGGGGAAGAGGGUGUUUUCUGGCUUACUUAGAUGAGUAGGUAGGUAGCGUAGACCUUUGAAUGGAUAGUAUCCUACAUUUAUAUCUAGUACUCCUACCUAUGAGCAGGUACCUAAGUACAUUUAUUUCAUCACGCUUAGAGCGAUGAUACAGUACUUGUCAUUUAAUACCGAGGGUACGAGUACUAUAAAAAUAAUCCAGGUACGGAUAGGCUAGCUAACUAGCUACCUAGGUAGCUACAUUCUCACAUGUAAUACCUACCUACCCACUCUCCUCUCCUACUCUACCUACCUAUAGGUAGUUACA